GUUCAGUUGAUGUUUAACCUGCGGCUAAGCUAUGUCCCUCUGGCUGCCUGCUCCAGCUGUUUUUGUGGUCCAAUACAGCAUGUGUCACCGGCAAUAAGUCUCUGUAAGAAGACGGUGGGCGAAGAGCGGCGUUUGAAGCAUUUUUAUUGUUUCCUGGAUAAAAUGCGGCAGUUUGUUCUUCGGCUGUCCUGCGGGACCCAUAGAUGCUGCUGCUGACGGAAUAACAGAGGAGCCAGCCGCCUUCUGACCCGCCUCAGGUCCGCGUGUAAGCGCUGCUGUCAGUGGCUCUGAGGCAGUGACACGGCUUCUCGUCUGGGCUUUUCAGCUAUGAUGCCUUCCUGGGGGGAUGUAAUGGACAAAUUGAGCCGAGUGUGUCGACCCCAGCUGAUUAGCGAAUCGUCUAAGGUUUUCCGCUGGGUGGAUCAUGCCGCUGAACUGCUGCAGGGCCUCGACGAGCAGCGGCAGCACGGCCAGUUCUGCGACGUGGUCCUCGUGGCUGAAGACGAGCGCGUCCCCGCUCACCGAGCCCUGCUGGCGGUCUCCAGCCCGUAUUUCAAUGCUAUGUUUACUUUGGGCAUGAAGGAGGAGCACCAGCAGGAGGUGGAGCUGGUCGGGAUGUCCUUCAUGGGUCUGAAGGCUGUGGUGGACUUCCUGUACAGCGGCGAGCUGCCACUGGACGGAGGAAACAUUGACUAUGUGCUGGAAGCUGCUCACCUCCUGCAGGUGUGGCGAGCGGUGGAUUUCUGCUGCCAGUUCCUGGAGACGGAGGUGAGCGAGGACAACUACCUGUACCUGCAGGAGCUGGCGCUGCUCUACAGCCUGGAGCGACUCAGCGCCUUCAUCGACCACUUCAUCCUCAAACAUUUCACCACACUCUCUUUCACCCCGGACUUCCUGCGCAACAUUCCUUUCCACAAACUCAACUCCUACCUCUCCAGUGGCCAGGUUCAGCACGACAGCGAGCAGGCGCUUCUCCAGGCCUCGCUGCAGUGGCUCAGCCAGACGCCCGAGCGGACCUCCCACGCCAGGCAGCUCCUCUCCCACAUCCGAUUCUCUCUGAUCCCGGUGGCAGACCUCAUGAGCAGGGUGCUUCCGGACGUGCGAGCUCUGCUGCCCGAGGAGGCCGGCUGUGAGGCCCUGGUGGAGGAGGCGCUGGCGUACCACGCCAGGACCAGCGUUCAGCCACUCCUGCAAACUGGACGCACCACAGUGAGGGGGGGAGUGGAGAGACUGCUGCUCAUUGGAGGAGAGGUUUCCGAGCGUGGGGAGGAGCUUAGCGCUAGCGUUUCCUGUCUGGACGCUGAAACGGGGAGCUGGAAGGUGGAGACUGAGCUGCCAGCCCAGCGGAGCCACCACUGCCUGGCAGUCCUGGGAGGCUUCAUCUUCACCGCCGGCGGGAGCUCGUCCAGGGACAACGGUGGAGACGCUGCCUGUAACCUUCUGUACAGAUACGACCCCCGCCACAACCAGUGGACCAGGGGUGCUUCGAUGAACCAGCGGCGAGUGGACUUCUACCUGGGGACCGUGGGAGAGUACCUGAUCGCUGUGGGAGGGAGGAAUGACACCGGAGCUUUGUCGUCAGUGGAGGUCUACUGCCCUGCUGAGGACUGCUGGUCUUACGUGGCAGGACUGCCCAGGCUUACUUACGGUCACGCUGGUACAGUGCACCGUGGCAUCGUCUACAUCUCAGGCGGUCACAACUAUCAGAUCGGCCCCUACCGCCGGGACGUCCUGAGCUACAACCCGUUGCGGGAUGGCGAUGUGUGGGUGGAACGCCAACCCAUGUCUCUGGCCCGGGGCUGGCACUGCAUGGCCUCCCUCGACAACCUAAUCUAUGCCAUCGGAGGCAGCGACGACCACGAGGACACCUCGGAACGCUUCGACAUCCUGAAGGUGGAGUCCUACGACCCACGCAGUGACCAGUGGACCCAGAUUGCGCCGCUGCUGCUGCCCAACAGCGAGGCGGGGCUCGCUGUGUGGGCAGGUAGGAUCUACGUUCUCGGGGGCUUCAGCUGGGAGAGCAUGGCGUUCUCCAGGGCCACACAAGUAUACGAUCCAGACAAGGGGGCGUGGUCCAGAGGCCCCGAUCUGCCCAAAUGCAUAGCAGGGGCUUCGGCAUGCGUGUGCACUGUGAAGCCUCCGCCGCUGUCAGCCUCGCCACAGAAGAAGAUGGAGCCUGGGGUGAAUGGAAGUUUAGAGCCUUCAUAACAGCAGGGAUGGACGUCACAUGCACUUGAACAGGAGAUCAAGACUUUAAGUCUCCUACAUGACUCUCAUGCUCAUCCAGAGGAAAAAGGACGACCACCAAAAUCUUUCCUGGAGCACACUGGAUACAUAAAUGUUGACAGAAAACUGCGUCAUGUGAUCGACAGUCUGUCCCGAAUUUAUAUACAUUCGUCUUCAGCACUGAAGUUUGUCUGGUUUAGUGCAGUCAUGAAUUGAGGGCUUUCAGCAGCUCAGAAGCCGGACGGAGGAGCCAUUACUGUACUAUGACCGACAGGGUGACCGGCGGACUUGGGUCACGCUGCCCAAAAGCAGUCCGCGACUCUCCAGUCUGUUUACAAAGUCGAGCUCAGCCACAAUCCCAGCAGAUCAGCUACUCUCAGUGCCAGCCAACACCUGCUCAUGGCACAGCUGACGCUUGUAUUCACAUGUAAUAGAUCUCUCUUACUGGGUAUGCAUGCCGCUUUGCAACCCUCCUCCUUUUCUUGCUGCAUCCGACUUAAUCAGUGUUGUAUCUGCCGCUGACUGUCUCAUAACUGCAUAGCUGUUUGGUGCUCUGUAGUUUCACUGAAAUGUGGACUUUACAUAAUGCCAGUGCAGCGUGUGGAACAAGACGUCAGUCGUCUGUUAAUGAGCCUGAUUUGUUGACAUUUAAGCUGUCGACUACUAAAACAGAAAAAACUGGUUAUGCACGGUGAAGGUUCCCUAGAAGUUGUGUAUUUGGGAAGAAUCACAGAUUUCAUAUUCCUCUAAGGGAACAAAUACAGGAAACAGAACAACGAGCUGCAGACGGCUCAUUUAAAAGAGUUUUUUUGUUUUGUUCUUGCUUUUAAGAUUAAACAUGAAUGUUUUAUAAAAGAUGUCAUCUCUGCCUUUGAAGUGAAAAUUGCAUUCAUCAGUACUGCAUCUUUUUCAUAAUAUUGUUUUAGAAGUAUUCGUUUGUGCAUUUGUCAUUUUUUUCUUUAAUUAAAAAAAAACAUUAAACCUUAAAAAAGCAAA